UGCAGCGAGCGGGCUGAACCCCGGAAGUUCCGGACCGAGUUCCAGGUGCCAGCGGGUCACAUCAGGUGCACGGGAUCUGGCGACAUGGCUCCGUCCCGCCCCGUGCUGUGUCUCUUCGACGUGGACGGGACCCUGACGGCCCCGCGACAGAAAAUUACCAAAGAAAUGGAUGAUUUUCUACAAAAAUUGAGGCAGAAGGUCAAAAUCGGAGUCGUAGGUGGCUCGGACUUGGAGAAAGUGCAGGAGCAACUGGGAAAUGACGUGGUUGAAAAAUAUGAUUAUGUGUUUCCAGAAAAUGGCUUGGUAGCAUACAAAGAUGGGAAACUCUUGGGUAAACAGAAUAUUCAAGGUCACUUGGGUGAGGCCCUAAUCCAAGACUUAAUCAACUACUGUCUGAGCUACAUUGCAAAAAUUAAACUCCCGAAGAAGAGGGGUACUUUCAUUGAAUUCCGAAACGGAAUGUUAAAUGUGUCCCCUAUUGGAAGAAGCUGCAGCCAAGAAGAACGCAUUGAGUUCUAUGAACUCGACAAAAAAGAAAAUAUAAGACAAAAAUUUGUAGCAGAUCUGCGAAGAGAGUUUGCAGGAAAAGGCCUCACGUUUUCCAUAGGAGGCCAGAUCAGCUUUGAUGUCUUUCCUGAUGGAUGGGACAAGAGGUAUUGCCUGGGACAUGUGGAAAAUGACGGCUAUAAGACCAUUUAUUUCUUUGGAGACAAAACCAUGCCAGCAUCCUGGGCUAUACUGUACCAGCAGAUACAUCAAAAUGCUGCCUGUGGAGAGUGUUUAUCCCUUCACUUCUGGCCCACUCCAGAACGCUUGCUGCUAAGGUCUACCCUGGAUAAUAAAUGAAAGAGCUGGUGGCACAGAGCAAACUACCGGUACCUGCUCUUUAGAUGAGCACGCUUUCCAGUCAACACACCCUCUCUCCACGGGUGGGAAAGAUUCUAGUUCCCAAAUGAAGGUGGUGCUUUUCAGGGGUACCAGUGGGCCAUUUUCUUCAUGACAGGGAGAAGUGGUUUAUACUCACAUCUCUCAUUGCAGUGCUCCAGAUUGCAGGCUUUGAGUAACUCGAUGCUUUUAGGAAAAGUAAGAUGAUGAAAUUCACUAUACCCAAGAUGUAAGGAAUG